UCCCUUUCUUUUCAUCUCCGUCCCAUCGCUGCCAGGAGCGCUACCAACACAAGGGAGAAGGUAAGGCCAUACGCCACUGCCCGAAACCUACCCAAGAAGAAGAGGAGAGAGAGAGAGAGAGAGAGAGAGAGAGAUGGAUUUCCACUGCUUGCUCAGGAGAGAGCUCCAAGCCCUCUGCAAGAAGAACCGCAUCCCCGCCAACAUGACCAACGUCGCCAUGGCAGACGCCCUCCAGUCUCUUUUCGCCGUUGGUGGGAUGGAGAGUAUCGAGGAAGCGCUGCAGAAUCAGUCCCCCAAGAAUGUCCAGGCCAGCUCGGCCUACCUCCCCCGCUCCUCCCGCAGGAUCUCAGCUCGCCGGGCGGCUGCGUCCACCGCCUCGGACGAUCCCAAAGAGCAGCCGGCGAGCCCCCUGCCUCGUGCUCGUCGGGUGACCGCAAUGGACUCCGAGACCGGGAGACUCUUCUCUGAAGAAGUAGAUAGAGACGAGGAGCAGAAGGAAGGCAUGAUGGAGAUCACACCCAUGGCCAAGCCCAGCACAAAGAAGCAGCCUCGGGGCACCACAACAGCGAGGUACACCAGAAGAAGGGCGACCAAGAAAGAGGACGGCGAGGCGGCAGAGGAAGGUCUUAUCGAAGCAGCCAAGACUCCAGCCCCUCGAAAUGGCCGGAGAACGAUGGCCAGGAAGGAAGCCGAAUCCCCAGCUGUGGUGGACGAAGGAACAGAAGACACGGUCGUUUCAUCAAGAACUACAACUCGCAGGGCGAGGCAGUCUUCAAAGUCGAUCCCCGUGGAUGUCACCGCUACAACCCUGAGGAGGAGUUCAAGAGCUAGGGCGAGGGUUUCUGUACCUGACAUGGAAAGUUUGGCUCAAGAUGUAGAAGAACAAGCGGAAAAAGGCAUCGAAAUCAAGAAAUCUGUGGACACAGAGGGCGACUCUAUGAUUCCUCCUCCUUGCAAGAAGAGCUCGGAUAUGGCAGCGGGGAACGUCACUGAUCUCAAAGAGAUCCAAGACAAAACUGUGAUUGAUGGUGAUAAUUUUGAGCAAGAUUGCAAUCCGGUGGUCGCUGACAGCAAUCUCUCUCAACACCAUCACUCCUCGGAAGUUAAAGAAGAUGGAGUCGUCCCAGAAACUGAUGGAGUCGAUGAUGUGAAGGAUGGCGACUCUUCGAUUGCUUCUUGCAAGAAGACCUCGGAUUUGGCAGAGGAGAACGCCACUGAUCUCAGAGAGGCCGAGGGGAUCCAAGACAACACUCUUAUUGGUAGUGAAAAUUGUGAGCAAGAUUGCAGGCCGGUGGUCGUCGACAUCGAUCUUUCUCAACGCCAGCACUCCUCAGAAAUCAAUGAAGAUGGAAUUGUCUCAGAAACUGAAGGACUCGAUGAUGUAAAGGACGGCGAUUCUUUGAUUGCUUCUUGCAAGAAUACCUCAGAUUUGGCAACGGAGACGGAAGGGAUCCAAGACGAGACCAUUAUUGAUGGUGAAAACUGCGAACGAGAUUGCAAUUUGGUGGUCGUUGACACCGAUCCUUCACAACACCAGCAAUCCCCGGAAGUCGAAGAAGAUGGAAUCGUCCCGGAAACUGAAGGACUCAAUGAAGUGAAUGAGUCGGAAAUUGCAGCCCAACAACACGACGUGGAAACAGGAAUCGAAACUAUGGAUCUCGUGGAUAGAGACGGCGCAUUUUUGCUGCUUUCCGAUGAGAAGCCAUCAGAUUUGGCAGCAGGGAAUGCUUCUCAUCUCUGUUCCAUGGAUUCACAAGAAGAGAUUCUCCCUAGUGAAAUUUGUGAACAAGGUUGCAAUGUGGCCGACGACAUCACCAAUCUUGUGGCAUCUUUGCUGCUUUCUGAUGAGAAGUCCUCAGAUUUGGCAGCAGCGAAUGCUUCUCAUCUCUGUUCCAUGGAUUCACAAGAGAAGCUUGAGAAAGAGUCCGGUGGAGAUCAAGAAGAGAUUCUCCCUAGUGAAAUUUGUGAACAAGAUUGCAAUGUGUCCGUCGUCGACGCCGAUCUUCCCCUGCAUCAACUUGUCGCAGACCCUAAAGAACCUGAAGGAUUCGACGUUGAAUCAUCGCCAAAGAUGGAGGGAGGCUGUGUGGGAGACCAAAUGGCCAACCAGGCAGACGACACCAAUCUUCCCCUGCAUCAACUUGCCGUAGAACCUAAAGAACCCGAAGGGUUCAAUGCAGAACUAUCACCACAGAAGAAGGGAGGCCGUGAAGAAGAACAAACGGCCAACCAGGCCGACCGUGAGUCAUCUGUGCUAGAAGGGACGCCGCUGAUAUCUUCAUUAGGGAACCCAGACAUCACCGGAGAUGCUGCAGAUGAGCAAAGUCAGAGAGAGGAGGAAGAAACUGAGGAUGAAAUGCAAACUUAUUCAGCACCAAAAAAUGACGACGAAACCAGCGAUGGAGAUGAGACUGUUGCUGAGGUUGUUUCCUUCUCCCUUCCGCAGCAGAAGCGGACAAGCUUGCAUCGAUCAAACACCGUCGACCUACCUGCUGAAUCCUUACCUGAAGUUGGAGAUCUAAUUGGAGACAGUGAAGUUUCCCCGGAUGCGGUAACAGUUGAGGUUGUGGAAGCUGCCAAGUUAUCCCAGGUUGGAGACGCCGAGGACAGUGUCGGAGCUCUGAUGGCUACUGCGAUCAUCGUGGAAGUGGAGAAAAGUGAGAACCAGAAAGAAUCUGAUGCUGACGAGGAGAAGAAAAGUUUUGGCCAGUUGACCAUGACAGAGAUCGGAUGUGCGGAAGCGAAGGUGGAAUCUGAUGCAGAGAAACAGAGUCUGCCUGUCGUAGACUUGCAAAAUAUGAGCUUGAGAAAGCUGAAGCUGCUCUACAAGGAGAAGAAAAGCAAUGCCAAAGCCACCAAUAAGGUGGAAGGAACGAGACUGGCUCUCGCGGAGCUAAAUGAGAACGUUCUGUAGUGAGGAAACCUGGAGCGAGAUGUGGAGAACAUGACUUACGUCUAUGAGCCCAUAAAUAAGCAGUGAUCGUCAUUUUCUUUUUGGAUUUUGUUAUCUGAUGAUUUGAUUCCAUGAGUUUUUGUUCAUUGGUGCUGAGAAACCAUGGUUUCUUGUGCGCCUUCCAUUUUUGUUGCUGCAGUGAAUGCUAUAGCUGAAUCGAGUUGUUUCUUGUCAGAUAUGAAUCUUUAUUUGCUUUUGGU